GGUGGACUUGGAGCAUCCAGAGACCCCUUGCCUGGGCACGACACCAUUCCCAAAAUGUGAGAAACUCGAGACUCACUGUAGCCGAACCUCCACUCGAUCACACGAUUCACACCCAGCACAUGUUAGUCCUCAACCCUUCCUUCGAGCCAUGGCGUUUUCUCUUCUUCUAUCAUCGGCGUUCUCUUGUCCUCCUUUCCUCUCGUUGAAGCCUCAUCUUUUACGACCUCCUGGCUUCGCUUCUUCAUUCCCGAAUCUUCGAAAAAGUUUCCACCAGAGAAGGAUUAGAAAGGGGGCGUGCAGGGCGGAGUUGUCGCAGGACGCACCUUUCGCGAUUGCGAUCGGCGCUUGUAUGCUCAAUUCUCUAGUGUUUCCAAUCACUUCUGGUGCGGAUGAUGAUGGCGACUCUGUAAUUGAUUCUACUGAUGCGCGGUUCGCGGUGAUGGGGAUCAUAAGUUUCAUACCUUACUUCAAUUGGCUGAGUUGGGUGUUCGCCUGGAUGGAUACUGGGAAAAGGCGCUACAUUAUUUAUUCGAUCGUGUACUUGGCUCCCUAUCUCAGGUCAAAUUUGUCACUACUGCCUGAGGACAGCUGGCUGCCCAUUGCAAGCAUUGUUUUCUGCAUCAUUCACAUUCAGCUGGAAGCAAGCAUCAGAAAUGGAGAUAUUCAGGGCUUUCAACUAUUUAGUGGGGUUGAGAAACAUCUUUCAUCGAUAACUGGAAAGAAGAAUACUUUGAAGGAUCAUCAAGGAACCACUAAGGAGGGGAAAAGGAAAGAACACACAGGCCUGCCUUCGGCUGAAGAACAAUCGAGAAAUGAGAUCCGGCAGUGGGGUGUUCCUAGAAAACCCUCACAAGAGCCUGAACACUUGAAUGAAGAUGAGGGUGAAGAUGACAGAAGGCAAUGGUAGAAAGUCAAGAAUCGCAUUAGGGGACUGUAUUGUAAUAUUUGGCUAUUAGCCCGUUCUCUCUUUCCAAAACAUGAACGCCAUUGACAAGAACUCUCAGGCACACAACAGCAGCAACCAUACCGGAAAAGCAAGCUUACCUGAGAGCAAAGGAAGUCAUUAUAAUGUUACUGCCGGUCAGUUCAGGCAGCUCAUUUUUACUGGAAAGCCCGUAAGGGGUGGGAUUAAUGUGUUAUUACUUAUUACUGCCUCCUGUGUUGAAAUGGCUAAAUCUUUGGAUACCCAUAUGCUGAUUUGUCGUCUUUAGAAUGAACAUGACACAACCUGA